AAAAAUAAUGCUAUUCGUAAAACGUUAAAAAUGCCGCCGCUGCUUUUCCAUUUAUACCCCAAGCCUUCUUCCUCUCUCUCAACGCUCUUCCUCUUCCCUUCCUCUUUCUCCCUCUCCGCCCUCCGCCUUCGUAGUUCUUCGGAAUCCCCGGCAUCCCUUGCAUGCCUCGUCAGCUCCAGAACCGGUGUUAGUGUUGUUGUUUCCAUGGACUCGACCUCGCCGGACCUUGCCCUGUCCGUCGACUCUGUGGCGAACGAUUUGAAGAACCAGAACCUCAGAAGCGAUGAUGGGAAUGAUAGGAAGAGGCUCGGGUUGAAUCUUGAAGAUCUGAACUGGGACCACUCCUUUGUCAGAGAAUUGCCUGGUGACCCGAGAACCGAUAACAUGCCACGAGAGGUAUUGCAUGCUUGUUAUACCAAAGUGUUGCCGUCGGCUGAAGUGGAGGGCCCUCAACUUGUUGCCUGGUCAGAAUCGGUUUCUGAGUUGCUAGAUUUGGAUCCUCAAGAAUUUGAAAGGCCAGAUAUCCCUUCUUUAUUUUCCGGUGCAUCUACAAUGGUGGGAGCAUUGCCCUAUGCUCAAUGCUAUGGAGGACAUCAAUUUGGCAUGUGGGCUGGACAGCUGGGUGAUGGUCGGGCAAUAACGCUUGGAGAGAUAAUCAAUUCGAGGUCUGAAAGAUGGGAACUGCAGCUUAAGGGAGCUGGGAAGACUCCUUACAGCCGGUUUGCAGAUGGCCUUGCAGUUCUCCGUAGUAGCAUCAGGGAAUUCCUUUGCAGUGAAGCAAUGCAUAGUCUGGGAAUUCCAACUACUCGUGCCCUGUGUCUUGUCACAACGGGAAAACAUGUGACACGAGACAUGUUUUAUGAUGGCAAUCCGAAGGAAGAACCUGGGGCAAUUGUUUGCAGAGUUGCCCAAUCCUUCCUACGCUUUGGAUCAUACCAAAUACAUGCCAUUAGAGGGAAAGAGGACCUUAGCAUCGUUCGUGCUUUGGCUGACUAUGCAAUCAGACACCAUUUUCCUCAUAUAGAAACCAUGAAUAGAAGUGAGAGUUUAUCUUUCAGCACAGGCAACGAGGAUCAUUCGGUUGUGGAUCUAACAUCAAACAAGUAUGCAGCUUGGGCAGUGGAGGUUGCUGAGCGUACUGCUACCUUGAUUGCGAGCUGGCAGGGGGUUGGUUUUACACAUGGUGUGCUGAAUACUGACAAUAUGAGCAUUUUGGGUCUCAGCAUUGAUUAUGGUCCUUUUGGAUUUUUGGAUGCUUUUGAUCCUAGUUACACACCGAAUACCACAGAUCUUCCUGGUAGACGAUACUGUUUUGCAAAUCAGCCUGAUAUUGGACUAUGGAAUAUUGGAAAGUUCACAUCAACUCUAUCGACUGCCCAGUUGAUAGAUGAUAAAGAGGCUAACUAUGCCAUGGAAAGAUACGGAACCAAAUUUAUGGAUGAGUAUCAAGCUAUAAUGACUAAAAAACUUGGCCUCCCAAAGUACAAUAAACAAUUGAUCAGUAAACUUCUAAAUAAUAUGGCUGUUGACAAAGUAGAUUACACAAAUUUCUUUCGGGUUCUUUCAAAUAUUAAAGCUGAUCCCAGCAUUCCUGAAAAAGAGUUGUUGGUACCACUGAAGGUUGUUUUGUUAGAUAUUGGCAAGGAGCGGAAGGAGGCAUGGAUAAUCUGGGUGAAAUCUUACAUUGAGGAGCUGGCUGCUAGUGGCAUCUCAGAUGAGGAGAGGAAGGUGAAGAUGGAUGGAGUAAACCCUAAAUAUGUACUCAGGAACUAUCUAUGCCAGAGUGCCAUUGAUGCAGCUGAAAUUGGUGAUUUUGGAGAGGUCCGAAGGCUUCUUAAAUUAAUGGAGCGGCCAUAUGAUGAGCAACCAGGAAUGGAAAAAUAUGCUCGCUUGCCCCCUGCUUGGGCUUAUAGGCCUGGUGUUGGCAUGCUUUCUUGUUCCUCAUGAGUUGCCUGUGUUGCUCAUAAUAUCAUAUUGGUACCAAAAAAAGAGUGUGACCUUUUUUUUUGGCCCUUUUCAUUUUUGCUAUUUAGAUGAAUUCUUGUAUAUGAUAGUCAAAAAGUCAUCAUCUCCCACAAUAGAUUGAGGAAGUUGUAUACCCUUGAGAAAUUACUCUUUUUUUUUU